UGGGAUUCUUCCCCUCCAUCGCCUCCUGAUGCACUUCCCUAAAAAGGCGAGGCAUAAAAGCCGCACGCCGACCUUCCUGUUUAUUGACGGAGGACCUGUGAGGACGUGAAGGAACUUGGACCCAUCGCUGCUGGACUUGAGGAUGUGGUGUUGCGUUUACCUGUCGCUGCUGGCCGCCUCGGCGCUGGCCCACCUGGACCAGGUGACCCUGGACGGCCACUGGGAGGAGUGGAAGAUGACCCACGGGCGAGAGUACAACGGCCUGGACGAGGAGGGCAUCCGUCGGGCCAUCUGGGAGAAGAACAUGCUGAUGAUCCAGGCCCACAACCAGGAGGCGGCGCUGGGCCUGCACACGUACGAGCUGGGCAUGAACCACCUGGGCGACAUGACGUCGGAGGAAGUGGUGGACAGGAUGACGGGCCUGCAGGUUCCUGUCAACCGUGAGCGAGGCUUCACCAUGGAGCUGGACCAGCAGGACUACCGCCUGCCCAAGUCUGUGGACUACCGCAAGAAGGGCAUGGUGACGCCCGUCAAAGACCAGGGCUCGUGCGGCUCCUGCUGGGCCUUCAGCUCCGCCGGCGCCCUGGAGGGCCAGUUGGCCAAGACCACGGGUCAGCUGAGGGAUCUGAGUCCUCAGAACCUGGUGGACUGCGUGACGGAGAACAGCGGCUGCGGGGGAGGGUACAUGACCACCGCCUUCAAGUACGUGCGGGACAACGGCGGCAUAGACUCAGAGGAGUCCUACCCGUACGUGGGCCAGCAGCAGAUGUGCCGCUAUAACUCGUCGGGGACGGCGGCGGAGUGCCGGAGCUUCAAGGAGGUCCCCGAGGGCAACGAGCACGCCCUCGCCGUGGCGCUCUACAAAGUCGGACCCGUUUCCAUCGGCAUCGACGCCGCGCAGGGAACCUUCCAGUUCUACCAGAGAGGUGUUUACUACGACCCCAACUGCAACAAGGACGACAUCAACCACGCCGUGCUGGCGGUGGGCUUCGGCGUGACACCCAAGGGGAAGAAGUACUGGAUCGUCAAGAACAGCUGGAGCGAAGGCUGGGGCAAGAAAGGCUACGUCCUGAUGGCGCGGAACCGCGGGAACCUGUGCGGCAUCGCCAACCUGGCCAGCUACCCCACGGUGUGACGUAACCGUGGCGACACGCCUCCCCUUUGAGCAGAGUCGGCAGUAAAGCGCGCACAUAAAAAAAAAGCGUCGCUGGGCGACGCAAUUCAGCACUUUAUGAUUAUUAUUAAAGUGUCAAAUAUUUUGUAUGAAAUAAAAUUAACUCGUUGAAGGCA